ACAAUAGUGUUCCAUUCCACGCAGCCAUCCCUAAAACUAAAACCUGUGUGUCCAAACAAAACAUGUCAACUUAAACUUUCUUCAACAAAAAAAACCACCUAAGAAAGUUCCCAACCUCUUUUCCCUUUUUUUUUAAUUAUUAUUAUUAUUUGGUACAUGUGAUUCGUGACUAUAUAUAUGAUCAUAUCAUCAAAUAAUUAUAAUUUUCAAUUUCUGAAUUUUGAUUCCUAUGGUCAACACCGUUUACUAUAAAAACAUCAACCUAUUUCUUCUAUCAUUUGCUUCAAUUUUAUUUUGAUUCAUUUAUUUCAACCGAUUAUUCAUAGUUUUUUUUCACAAUUAUAUAAAAAAAAAAUCCGAAGCUGGGUUCCGAAGCUGUUAAGAUGGGUUCAACCGAGCCUAAGGUUAUCUCCGGACCUGCUGGUUAUGUCCUUGAAGAUGUUCCUCAUUUGUCAGAUUACAUUCCUAAUCUUCCAACAUAUCCUAAUCCUUUGCAAGUCAACCCUGCUUAUUCAGUUGUUAAGCAGUAUUUUGUGCAUGUUGAUGAUACAGUUCCUCAAAAGGUUGUUGUUCACAAAGAUAGUCCAAGGGGAGUACAUUUUCGGCGUGCCGGACCACGUCAGAAGGUGUAUUUUGAAUCAGAUGAAGUUCAAGCUGCUAUUGUUACAUGUGGAGGUCUUUGUCCUGGACUCAACACUGUCAUAAGGGAAUUAGUCUGUGGUUUACACCAUAUGUAUGGCGUGACUCGAGUUCUUGGAAUUGAGGGAGGAUAUAGGGGUUUCUAUGCUCGCAAUACAAUCACUUUAACUCCUUCAAGCGUUAAUAAUAUUCAUAAACGCGGAGGAACUACCCUUGGUACUUCACGAGGUGGACACGACACCAAUAAGAUAGUGGACAGUAUUCAAGAUCGAGGAAUCAAUCAGGUUUAUAUAAUUGGAGGAGAUGGAACUCAGAGAGGUGCAUCUGCAAUUUUCGAGGAAGUCAGAAGGCGUGGUCUCAAAUGCUCAGUUGUAGGAAUUCCGAAAACCAUCGAUAAUGACAUCCCGAUUAUCGACAAGUCCUUUGGCUUUGACACUGCUGUCGAGGAGGCUCAACGAGCUAUAAAUGCAGCACACGUUGAAGCUGAAAGUGUUGAAAAUGGUAUAGGUGUCGUCAAGCUGAUGGGUCGAUACAGUGGAUUUAUUGCAAUGUAUGCUACUCUUGCAAGUAGAGAUGUGGAUUGUUGCUUGAUUCCAGAGUCACCCUUUUAUCUAGAAGGUCCUGGUGGACUUUAUGAAUAUAUAGAGAAAAGACUCAAGGAAAACGGCCACAUGGUUAUCGUGAUUGCUGAAGGAGCAGGACAGGAGCUUCUUUCCGAGAGCUCCGACAAACAGGAUGCUUCUGGAAACAAGCUUCUUCAAGAUGUUGGACUGUGGAUAUCCCAAAGUAUUAAGGAUCAUUUUGCCAGAGAGAAGACGCUGGCCAUAACUCUCAAAUAUAUAGAUCCAACCUAUAUGAUCCGAGCUGUUCCGAGUAACGCUUCUGACAAUGUGUACUGCACACUUCUUGCUCAAAGUGCUGUUCAUGGAGCAAUGGCGGGUUACACUGGUUAUACAAGUGGACUUGUUAAUGGAAGACAAACUUAUAUACCCUUCUAUAGAAUCACAGAAAGACAGAAUAAUGUUGUGAUAACUGAUAGAAUGUGGGCUAGGCUGUUAUCUUCAACAAAUCAACCUAGCUUUAUGAACACCAAGGAUGCCAAUGAAGAUAAUAAAGAAGAAAACUCAUUGGACCAGUUAGCAGAUGGACAUUGUUCCGAAGACACUUCGGUCGAUGAAAUCAGUCACAUUUUCCCCGCGAUUUCUUGCUGAUUCUUAUUUUCUUCUCGCUAUCAUUUAUCGUGCGUUAUAAUCAGUAUAUAUUAUAGAGUUAUCAUUUUUGCACUUCCAUGUCCAUAAGAGAUGGCUGAGGAAAACUCAGCAUGACAUGAUCAAUAUAUUAGUUUUAGUUCAUUAUGUUUCAUUUUCUGCUUGUAUGCUCAAUAAUUUGAAUGGACUCUGCAAUGUCCAGAAAUGAACUUUGUUAGUUUGAAUACAUUUUCCAUGUUUUGUUUCUGAAAA